UUUGCUCACAGAAUAUGCCAGAGUCAAGCUGAGUCAACCACAAGCUCUGCACUACAACAGGUCCAGAACUCAGGAUCAGCUCAGUGUCUUGAGGACAGAUUGCCGCAGGCAUACAGAUCUCGAGAGCAGGUGAGUUCCCUGAACAAUUUCCCGUUUUCUUCUCAUGACAACAGACACUCUCUACAGAAUGUAGGGGAGUAUUUUGAUUUUAGUAUGGGCCGGAGGAAGGUGGCACCAGGGAAACGGCAACACAACUCACAGAACUUCUUCCUCUGGGCUCAUGAAUCAGUUCCUAGCAACGAGGAUGGCUUAACCAUUUAUCAGACAUCCUUUGUGAAUGAUCAAAACACCGAGAGCCCGUUUUGUAGGCGUUAUCCAAAACACCACACAGAAAAACGUUGUGCUGACAAACCCACUCCGGAGAAGGAAAAACACCUGCAGCCAAGCAAGUCAUCUUAA